AUGCUCUGCAAAGUCAGCACUUUCUCUCCGUUUACCGGAGAUGAAACAGGCUCAGGGACAGAGACCUGCUCAAAAACCACAGACAGCAAGGCCUGCCUUCUCCGGGGGAGCGAAGCGGCGCCCGCCCGGCUGCGGGGACCGCGCCCCGUGACCCGGAAUGGCCUCUGCCCUACACUGGGUCCUGGGCCCCGGCUCCCUAAGGAAGCUCUACAAAGGAUCAUUUCAACUCUGGCAAAUAAAAAUGAUGAAAUUCAGAACUUCAUUGAUACACUAAAUCAAACACUAAAAGGAGUUCAGGAAAAUUCUUCUAACAUACUUUCAGAGUUAGAUGAAGAAUUUGAUAGUUUAUACUCUAUAUUGGAUGAAGUGAAAGAAAGUAUGGUUAACAGUAUCAAGCAGGAACAAGCUCGUAAAUCACAAGAGUUACAGAGUCAGCUUAGUCAAUGUAAUAGUGCCCUGGAGAACUCUGAAGAACUGUUAGAAUUUGCAACACGGUCAUUAGAUAUAAAGGAGGCUGAAGAAUUUUCAAAGGCUGCCAGACAGAUCAAGGAUAGAGUAACAAUGGCCUCAGCCUUUCGCCUUUCUUUGAAACCAAAGGUCAGUGACAACAUGACUCAUUUAAUGGUGGAUUUUUCUCAGGAAAGACAGAUGUUGCAGACUUUGAAGUUUUUGCCAGUCCCCAAGGCUCCAGAGAUAGAUCCAGUAGAGUGUUUGGUGGCUGACAAUGCUGUAACAGUAGCUUGGAGAAUGCCAGAAGAAGAUAAUAAGAUUGACCAUUUUAUCCUGGAAUAUAGGAAAACUAAUUUUGAUGGACUUCCACGCGUAAAGGAUGAGCGAUGCUGGGAGAUAAUUGAUCAUAUUAAGGGUACUGAAUAUACACUGUCAGGCUUAAAGUUUGAUUCAAAGUAUAUGAAUUUCAGAGUGCGAGCUUGUAACAAAGCUGUGGCUGGAGAGUAUUCUGAUCCAGUGACUUUAGAGACAAAAGCACUUAACUUCAGUUUGGAUAACUCUUCAUCCCAUUUGAACCUAAGAGUUGAAGAUACCUGUGUAGAGUGGGAUCCUACUGGAGGAAAAGGUCAAGAAAAUAAAAUGAAAGGAAAAGAGAACAAGGGCAGUGCCCAUGUUACUUCACUGAGGAAACAUCCAAGAAGUGGUACACCAUCCCCAAAACGGACAUCUGUAGGCUCCAGGCCACCUGCAGUAAGAGGCAGCAGAGAUCGUUUUACUGGGGAAUCAUACACAGUGCUGGGUGACACUGCUAUUGAAGGUGGACAACAUUAUUGGGAGGUCAAGGCCCAGAAGGAUUGUAAAUCCUAUAGUGUGGGAGUAGCAUAUAAGACUUUAGGGAAAUUUGACCAAUUAGGAAAGACAAACACUAGUUGGUGUAUCCAUGUCAACAACUGGCUACAAAACACGUUUGCAGCAAAGCAUAAUAAUAAAGUCAAAGCCUUGGAUGUUACUGCUCCUGAGACAAUAGGUGUUUUCUGUGAUUUUGAUGGGGGUCAACUUUCUUUCUAUGAUGCAAACUCAAAACAGUUGUUGUAUUCCUUUAAGACAAAAUUUACUCAGCCAGUACUACCUGGUUUCAUGGUUUGGUGUGGUGGACUUUCUUUAAGUACUGGGAUGCAGGUUCCAAGUGCUGUGAGAACACUUCAGAAAAGUGAAAAUGGAAUGACUGGUUCAGCUAGCAGCCUAAACAUUGUUACCCAGUAAUGCCUACUCAGACUAUGUUUGACCCCUCCUUUUGAUUGGGUGGCCUAAUCAUAGAAACUUACGAGUGGUGGAAAUGAGGUUUGCUAUGUUCUGCUUUAAGGCCUGGAAUCAGUUAGCACUUAAGCAUCUAGUACCAAGUAUUCACAGGAACCUACCGUGCAAUAUCACAGAAGCAAGCAGUGACUGAGCAAGAAACUCAUAUUUUGAAGAGCAAAUGGGGGAAAAGGCAGUGUUUAAACAGCUACAUAGAAACUCAUUUUUGUGUUUCUUGGAUUACUUUGGCUCUUCUAAUAUGUUUAGUUACAUAUGGUAGCCCUAGGGCCUGAAGAAAAAGCAUUUAAAUCUUGCCUCCUUUACUUUCUUUUUUUCACUUAUCACUAAAUAUUAUUUCAUUUUUAUACUGAAGCUUUUAAAAAUAUACAGUCCUCUGAGGUUUCCCAAAAAUUGAAAUAAUUGGUUGGGGAUUCUAGACAGAUUUUCCCCUUUUAUAAAUGUGUUUUGCUAAAUUAUCUUUUGUUUUAUUGACCAGAUUAUAUAUCAUUUUCUCUUUUCUAAAUGUCAUGGUAUUUUUCUUGUGGUUAUAACUCAAAAUAAAGAGUGGAUAGUAAGAGUUUCUAGACAUAAUAGCUUAAAGUCACCCAAAUUUCAGUUUUUUACCUGCUGCACUAACAGUGGCAAAAGGAUAGUCUAUGUAUGUUGCCCUGUUUAAUUAGACUUCUUUUCAUUCCAUUGUUUUGGAUGAUGGGUAAGAUUUUUAAAAGCUUUAUAUUUUUUUAUUUUGUUGUCUAUUUUAACACUACCUUUAGUAGUUAUCUUUGGUAAAAUUCCCACUUGGAUUUGGUAAUAACUGGUAAUACUUAUACUGAUUUUUAACAUUUUUAGUAGGAAUGGAAGUUUAUUAAAGUUAUAUAGAAGGUGGAAAAACCUACACUACUCAAGUUUUACCUAAAAAAGAUAGGCUCUAAAGGGAGGUGCCUAAAACUAUUCUUUGCUGAAGUCAUUUAUAUAUGCUUUUGAUAAGAUAUGGAAUGGUUUAAACAAGCAUUUUUUGGGGGAAAACAUGUAUCUCUGACUUAUUUGGCAUAUAAGUUUUUCAGUCAUAACUACUUAGAGGUUAUUUUCUCUUAGUCUUUUUGCUUCAUUCAUUUGCUUUCUAAAGGGGUGUUUUCUUCAAAAAAAUCAACAUAGAAUAAUCUUUCCCAAAGUUAGGGAAAAUGUGUUAACUAUAAAACCCAUGGUUAUUGAGAACAUAUCUGUUUUUUAAAAGUCGAUUGAAUUUGUACCACAAGUCCUUUAAGCCAAACUGGAAGUUAUAAUUCCAGUAGUAUUUAAGACUUCCUUGAGUGUUUUAAAGAGAUCUGAACUAUUUAUAUUCUUUAAUUUUUGAAACUUUUACUUUCUCUCAUUUUAACUUUCAUUCUCAUUUAAAAUGUUGUACAAUGACAGCCUUCUUCCAAGUGACUGAUGCUGCUUACAUUACAGUUGCUAUCUACAGAAAGGCCUGUGGAAUAGGAAUAGCUUAUUCUUUCUUAGAGUUUACUGCUUGCCUAUAGGAUGUUUUGCUCCUUUUAAAACAAAUCUAAAUGAGGAAUUUUAUUUGAACUGGGUAUUAUUUUUCCAGAGGAAUUCAUAUCUGCACCAUUGCCUGAUGACAUAUUUAUAAUUAUAAAGACUGUAAGGGAGUUUAGAGAAUGAAAUAUGUUAAUAGGUAUUCUUUUGAUUCUCCAAACAAAUAUAAUUUUCUUUUUAGUUCCUCAAGAUAAUUUUGAUAGAAAGUUUUGGAUGUUCUCUUCCCUAUAGCAGGGUUAUCUAAGGACCUAAGGAAACAGGAAGUUAUAAUUCUCUUCUGUAGAGUCAAACCUGAAAGCAGUAAUUUAGUGGUGGAGCUGCUUUAUGUGAACUGUUAUACAUGUAUAUUUUAGCAAAAAUACACAGAAAAAGCCAGAAAUUCUUCUAUAAAAUUUUUUACUAUUGUGUCUUAUAUGAUGAUCGUGUCUUCUCUUUAAUUCAGUGCCUUCUUCCUCUAAGGAUGCUCUUUUUUACUCCAUACUCCAUGCCCCAUGUAGUGUCAACUAAUAUUUAAGCCAGAGACCAUUAUGUUAUACUGGUGAAGGGCUUCUAUUGCAGGGGCAUGGGGAAAGGAGAUAUUAAUCAGGGGCUGGUGGAGUGCAUAUGAUUAUUUCCUGUGCUCAUUUAUCAUUUGAAACCCUUCAUAUGAAAUUUUCUUGAAAAAUUCUUUUGAAGUAAUAUUAUUACUUCAAAAUAAGAAUCUGAGGUUUAUCUCUUACUGUGCUUCUUAAAGGUCUUUAAAAGUAAAGAGCAAAGUGUGUGGGGUUUUAGUUUAGUUGUUUUAAGUUUAUUUGUGUUAAGUUAAACUGGAAAAAAUCUGCCACCUUCAUUUUCGAACUAGAAAAUAAUCAACUGUAGUGCCUAAUUAAAUAGUCUCAAGUUAAUUUAAGGUUUCAACUUGACCAUAUAUAAAACAUUGUCAUCAGCAUUUAAAUUAAAAAAUAUUGAGCUCUUUUGCUCAAUUUAAUACAUUGUAUAAAGUUGGUAUACCCUUUCAAACAUUCUUUAUUGGUUUAUUUACUCUGUUUUGACAGGUCAAACAUGAUUGCUUUCUGUAAAAGAAAUGCAUGAGAGGUUGACAGUAAUGGAUGUAUCACAGGUCUAAAAAAAUUAUGUUUUAUAAAAACAUGCUUUUAGUAUUGUAUUUCUCUUUUAACAGUUGAAUCCCAAACCAGUUUUAGUAAACUGGAUAAAGAAAUGAAGGAAUUGCCUUAAGCACUUUAGAAAAAGAAUUUUUUUAUAGUUCAUUUUGAUUCUUUGGGCUGACCAUGUGACACGUCUUUAAUUUUUAGUAAAUAUGUAUAUACCAAACCAACCAUUUAAUAACUGCACAUAGAAAUUUAAUCUGCUGUGAUUCUUUGAAUGUUCUCAGUGUAGGUGAACAAAUGGAAAGUAUUAGAGGCAUGCCUGUGUGUACGUGGGUUUAAUUCAUGGCACGUGUACCAUUUUGACAAACCGUGAACUGCUGCUGUACAGCUAGAUAGACUUGGCCUACUUUGUUCUAUAAACAGUUUUUCUCAUGUUAUCAACUAAAUAGACAAAUUGGCUUAGUUUUAUUUACUCAUUUGUGAAAUUAAAGCAUGAACAAUAUCACAUAAUUUUUGUCACUGAUCCUUGCUGGUACAAAUGAUAAAAGUAAAGAAUUUGUCAUGAAAUCUUUUAUUUAGGCUAAGAUACUCUAUCUCAUGACUUAGCUAGAAUGAUUAGUUUUCUUCUAUAUACUUUUUCCAUAAAGUUAUAGCUAUUUAUAUUUUUUAAUUGUUUCUUUUGGAAAUGUAGGUUAAAGUUGGAAAAGGAUAUUAUGGAAAGUGAUUAUUUCAGAGAGUAUUAAUUUUAGAAGAGGAAAGUGUAGACUUCUUACUAUAAAAUAUGUGAUUCCAGGCUGAAAAAAACUAAAGGCUAUAUUUUCAAAUCAUCAUAAUAAUUCUUUUUCAAAAGCUUGUACAGUAAAACGUUGAUGUAACAGACUAAUUCUGGCGAGGGUGUGUACAUUAAGGCCAAGAGUCUGUUACAUAAUAAAGUAGGUUUUCCAAAUGCGUACGUUAAAAAAUUUACAUUAGUUUACGUGUUCUUACUUAUGUAGACAUG